AGCGCAGUUAAUAUUCAGAUAUGAACAAGAAGCAUUUAAUUUGGAACCAAUAAAUCCAACGCAAUCUCAACUACUCCGCCCAAUCCCAAUCCCAUGGCGAAAUUCAAGCACCCGAUUGCAGAAGCCAAUGAGACGAGCCCGUUCGGCUCACUCAGCCCCGACGAAUUCUACGCCCGCCACUCAGUCACCCACGGUUCCGAGUUCAUCACCAGCAAGACACAAAACCUCAAGCUCUUCACGCAGUGGUGGACGCCUCAGCAAUCGCCGCCGCUCAGAGCCGUCGUCUGCGUCGUGCACGGCUUCACCGGCGAGUCCAGCUGGUUCGUCCAGCUCACCGCCGUCCACCUCGCCAAGCACGGCUUCGCCGUCUGCGCCAUCGACCACAUGGGCCACGGCUUCUCCGAGGGCCUAAUCGCGCACCUGCCGGACCUCAACGCCGUCGUCGACGACUGCAUCGCCUUCUUCGACGGAUUCCGCGAGAGGUACGCGCCGGAUCUGCCGGCGUUCCUCUACUCGGAGUCGCUCGGCGGCGCGAUCUCGCUGCUCAUCUCGCUCCGCCGCGACGGCACCGCGCCGAAGAGGAAGUUCGACGGCGUCGUGCUGAACGGAGCGAUGUGCGGGAUCAGCGACAAGUUCAAGCCGCCGUGGCCGCUGGAGCAUUUCCUCUCGAUCGCCGCGUUUCUGGUGCCGACCUGGUCCGUGGUGCCCACGCGCGGCUCCAUACCGAACGUCUCCUUCAAGGUGGAGUGGAAGCGGAAACUGGCGCUUGCAAGCCCUCGGCGGCCGACAAUAAGGCCACGCGCUGCCACAGCGCAGGAGCUGAUGAGAGUGAGCAGAGAGCUGCAGGGGAAGUUUGGUGAAGUGGACAUACCAUUCCUCAUCGUCCACGGCGGCGACGACAUCGUCUGCGACCCGGCCUGCGCGGAGGAACUCUACAACCGCGCGGCCAGCAAGGACAAAACCCUCCGGAUAUACCCCGGGAUGUGGCACCAGCUGGUCGGCGAGCCAGACGAGAACGUUGAGCUCGUCUUCGGGGAGAUUGUCGAUUGGCUCCUCACCAGAUCCAAACCGGCAAGCGGCUGAGAUGUGGCUGUAACGGCGGCGCGUGGUUUUAAUUUACAAUAAUAAGAUGGUGAUUGUGACUUGUGUUUGAGAAUAUACACAACUGAUUAGUGGAUAAUUGUAUGAGUAAUUGAGCAGAUUAAGUGUUACUACUAUAUGAUAUCAAUGCAGGAAAAAAAGUCAAUUC